CUGAGUCUUCCUCCCUUCGGGUCAGCCCACUGCCAGUAUCGGUGCGGUAGCUGCAGUGUAGGGUUUGUGCUUCCUGCUGCUGAGGCCUGAGUUGCUCUUUACCCUUGCUGUGGAUGGCCGCUAAAUUGGCCGGUCUUUACGCUAAUCGUGACGGAGCGAUACUGGCAGGGGCUCUUUUCUAGUAUCGGGUGUGAGUAGCUUAUUGCCUCUUGGAUCGGCUUGGGAGACGGGAGUUCGUGGUAUGACGUACGGAGAAGAGCAGCGCAAGAGGCAGUAACAUCAGUGACUGCACGUAGAGUGACGUCACCGUGGGCCCCUUUAACUAGAGUGAGCCCCUCACACAGAGCCCCCAGCAUCUCUUCUACUGCAGUGGUGAGGCUCUCCAGAAAUAAAGAUGAAUAAUCUUUCGUUCAGUGAGUUAUGCUGUCUCUUCUGCUGCCCUCCAUGCCCAGGAAAGAUUGCCUCCAAGCUUGCCUUUUUACCUCCCGACCCAACUUACACUCUUAUAUGUGAUGAGAGUGGCAGUCGCUGGACACUUCACCUCUCUGAGCGAGCAGACUGGCAGUACUCUUCUAGGGAAAAAGAUGCAAUUGAGUGUUUUAUGACUCGAACAAGCAGAGGGAACCGUAUUGCCUGCAUGUUUGUGCGCUGUUCACCUAACGCCAAGUACACGUUGCUGUUUUCUCACGGAAAUGCUGUUGACCUGGGUCAGAUGAGCAGCUUUUACAUUGGCCUGGGAUCUCGGAUUAAUUGCAACAUAUUCUCCUAUGACUACUCUGGGUACGGGUCAAGUUCUGGAAAACCAACAGAGAAGAAUUUGUAUGCCGAUAUUGAUGCUGCCUGGAUCGCUCUGCGGACAAGGUACGGAGUACGUCCCGAGCAUGUGAUUAUAUACGGCCAGAGCAUAGGGACUGUCCCAUCUGUGGAUCUUGCUGCUAGAUACGAAAGUGCUGCUGUCGUUCUCCAUUCUCCUCUAACCUCAGGGAUGCGUGUUGCCUUCCCCGACACCAAGAAAACGUACUGUUUUGAUGCAUUCCCCAACAUUGACAAAAUCUCGAAGAUCACAUCACCGGUCCUGAUAAUCCAUGGCACAGAAGAUGAAGUCAUAGACUUUUCACACGGGCUGGCACUAUUUGAGCGCUGCCAGAGGCCGGUGGAGCCGCUGUGGGUUGAGGGAGCGGGACAUAACGACGUGGAACUUUAUGGACAAUACCUCGAACGAUUAAAACAGUUUGUCUCACAAGAGCUUGUAAAUUUGUAAACUACAUCUUUUGUAUAAAAUAAGAGUCCUAGGGCAGGGGAGGCUUGCGGCACGUUUCACCAUAGUGCAUUGCAGGUCUCCCUGACCAAACGAAAGGAGUUAACUGACCAUGGGGGUUUAUUUUUUGUGUUAUUUUCUUUGCUGGACUGUGAGCCAUAGGUAAAACCUGAACGU